UAGAUGGAUUUUGGCGCCUUGCGGUUGUCAAUGUGAAAUUUGGAUUUUUACCUAAAUUACGCAAAUCUAUAAAUUUUCGUACCAAAGCCAUACCAUUUCCUUGCCGUUUACUGCUGUGCUUUUGUAAAGUUCCUAUUCUAAAAAAGCCUUACCAUUGAAUCAGUAGUACGGCAAUGUCGAAUAAUAUAAAAAACAUAACAAAUGCAGCUCGCGUGGUAAAUAAAAGGCCUUUCAGAGUUUCUAUCGAAGGUAACAUAGGUUCCGGUAAAUCUACGUGCAUUAAAUACUUCGACAAAUAUCCUAAUGUCGAGAAGCAUGCGGAACCCAUAGCUGAAUGGCGCAACGUCAGCGGUCACAACCUGUUAGGGCUUCUCUAUAGUGACAUGAAUGAAUGGAGCUUUGCGUUCCAGCACUAUGUGCACCUUAGCCGCCUCAAGAUACAGACCAGCCCGCCCUCGAACCCUAAUAUCACCGUUAAAAUGUUUGAGAGAUCCGUACAAAACAGCAGGCACUGUUUUGUUGAGAAUUCCAAGAAGCAAGACUUCCUUAAGGAUCCAGAGUAUCAAGUUCUACUACAAUGGUUUGAUUACACUGAGAAAUAUUUAGAUAUCAGCUUAGAUCUUAUAGUAUAUUUAAGAACAACACCAAAAACUGUUUGGGAGAGGAUGAUGAAGCGCGGGAGAGCUGAGGAGUCUGAGGUGCCUUUGGAGUAUUUAGAACAAGUACACGAGUCGUACGAGAACUGGUUGAGUAGCCCCGACAUCGGCUGUGAGGUGCUGACGAUUGACGCCGACCGAGGCCUGGACUGCGUCAGAGAAGAUCUGGAUAGAUACAGCUAUAAGAUACUUGGUGGAAACCAUACUAAUUAAUAUGAUAUGUAGCAUAACCUAUCAAUGGAUAGUUCCAUACUGUCAAGCUACUAUUGCUUUAUCAUCAUAGAAUUCAUAAGGCCUACUUUAGAAGCACUUUUAACUUCAAAUCUGUCUAUUUUUAGUGUUUUUUUUUUAAUUUAAAUUUGACUGAUAAUGUUUCAGAACUGUUUAUAUUAAUAUAACAAAAAUAAUUUCGUGGAAAAACCAUUUUACUUUAAAGUUAGAUGAACGGCCGCUGUCAAGACAUGGGUCUUUUGAAGUUUCAAAUUCAAAGUCUGCAGCUUCUUGUGUCAAGCGGGUCUCUGAGAGGGGCUUUCCAACUGUUGCAUAUGAGGUCACAAUUCCAGCACCUUGGGACCCUAAGAUCCUUCAGUUCUCUUGCUACUAUAGAUUUCAUUAGAUUUCUUAAUUCCUGAUAAGAUCAUGCAGAAUGUAACAGAGUUAAACUCUCUCCAACGCCCGUUGAUUCCUUUUUACACAACCCAUUUCUGGUUUCUUGAAUGUUAAGCCAUAGAUGCUUUUGAGCUUUCAAAUUUAAAUAUGGUACUUACACAGAUAUUUUGAAAUGUUAGUUACUCAGUUUGGGACGCUUUCGCUCGUGUGAGUAAGUUUGUCAUUUCGAAAGUGCAGUAAUAAACUUAUAAUUGAUUUAAUUUAAUUAAUCUAGAAUUUAUUUUUGCGAGGCUUGUGUAUAUACAUUAAGAUAAUAUUUAGAUUGCAUUGAUACUUUAAUUGCAAAUGAAAUACAUGCAAACCUCUGUGAUCCCCCUGAGUCCUGAUCCAAGUAUGUAGUGUAUUAUGUAUGGACAGAUUAUAUGUAGCUUAUAUGUAAAAGUAUCGAAUUCCAAAAAUUAUGAUUGACCUUGAAAACUUCAGUAUUAAGAGAGUAAAUGAGUAUAAAAUAUUAAAGUAAUUGUGUACAAAUCUAUGCACCAAAGUAUAUUUUAUUAAUGCGAAAUGUAUGCACAAUUUAUUAAAUUUAAAAAGCGAAAUUUAUUAGCCAUUAAGUUAAGAUAUUAAAUUUUUAUAUAAAUUGUAUUGUUAAACAGAUAAUACCAUAGUCUAUUUUAAUAUGAAUAAUCAAUUUAAAAGUUGUUUAACCUUAUAAUGACAUUGUUGAAUAUACAACAUGAAAUGAUUUUCAAUUAUUUUGCCUUUGACUGGCCCAACUCAAUUAAAUUUUUGCACUAUAAUCAAUGAAAAAAAAAAAUCUUAACACACACACAAUAUAUUCAUUGAACUAGGAACUCUUCCAUUUAUUCAAUUUUAAGUUUUUGAUAUUAAUCCUAAAAUAAUUAUAUUGUUUUAUUCAUUGAUUACGAUCAUGUUUCUAGUAAGAUGAUUGAUGUUAUUUGACUGAACAGGUGACAUAAAAUAAAUUUUCUUCAAAUGCAUUAUA